CAGAUGUCUCCCGCCGCGCGGGCGAUGCUCAUCCCUGAAGAAAUGCCGCUGAUCAGUGCUCUCGGCAACUUCUCACGUCCAGCUCCGGAGACAACCAACUUCUUCGCUGGGAUCUCAGAAGCACGAGUAUUUAUACCUAGACUACCCAGCAAAUAACACUGGCGAGCGCAACUGGCUAGACCUUCUUGUCGUGCUUUGCAGAAACAAAGCCAGAUCGGCACGUCCCCCCUGACUCCUGAAUGCGACCGCAGUGCCUGGAUAAAGUAGACGGCAUUGUGCACCUUCGACAAUAUAUCGCUAGUAUACACACGACCAUGACUUGAACAGCCUGUCGUCAAAGAGUUGAAAGGGAUCGCCUUGUCUUUUCCCUAUGGCAGGCCUCGAGCAGAUCGAGGUCCAUUCCAGGAACUACCUGGUGCGCUGGGUCAAUGUCAAACAAGAGCAUACGAUCUCCUGGACCGUUCAGCCUCACAAGAAAUCGAUCAAUCUCGGCCUCUUCAAGCAUCCCGGACCGCUCUCGAACCUGCAUUCCUCUUCCUCGACCUCCCUAGCGCCUCCUUCUCCCGUCAAUGCGCCGGUCGACGAAGACAAAGAGAAAUCAGAGACGCACUCGACUGCGAUCGAGAAGUUGACGAGCAUUGGUCUGAAAGUGGUACGAUGGAUAGGCAAGUGUGAAGCCGACAAGGUAUCCCAAGGAAAACACGAUGUACGUUUUGGGGAGGGAGGGAACUAUGCCUUGGUCUUCGACAACACUUUCUCCAAGAACAUCUCGAAGACGGCGACAAUUUUCCUGCUCACCUAUCCUACCGCGUGCCAAUCGCAGAUUCAGUUUGGUGCGCAACUCUACCACCCACAGUCAAUGGCUACGGCCAUGGCCAUCGCCAACACUUCAUCCCAGCUAUUCAAGAGGAGUCCUAAGCUGAAAGCCAGGGACAAAGAAUCGGUCGACUCACUAAGGCAAGUUUCCAUUAGCCAGUCUGCUGGAGGCAGUAUUGGUCCCGUCGCCGAAGAACCGAAACUUGCGGAAGACCCCACGUCAAUCCAUACCGGCGUGUUGCAGAAAUUGAGGCGGAAAAAGCAUCAAGGCUAUGCGAGGAGGUUUUUCUGCCUGGACUAUACCUCUUCAACUCUGUCCUACUACCGCGACCGCAACUCUUCAGCCCUACGUGGUGCCAUUCCUCUCUCUCUCGCAGCCAUUGCCGCCAACAGCAAAACCCGGGAGAUUUCAAUCGAUUCUGGGGCCGAGCUCUGGCAUCUCAAGGCGAACAACGACGCAGACUUUGAAUCAUGGAAACAUGCUCUGGAGACUGCGACCCGACUCAUGUUAGAGGCCAAAACGCCGGCCGACAACCUGUACCUGGAAACGGCUGAUGGCGUCGAAGGCGAAAAGUCCGCAUUUGAAGAGCAGGAAUGGGCGAGGCUGGAGACUCUGCUCAGUAGAAUUUCAGGCACACGAGAUGCUGUGCGCCGACUCUGUCUAGACACAUUGGCACAGCCUGUGCCGCUGCCUUCCCCGAAACUCGGGGCGGUUUCUAACAAUACCACGCCCACAGAGGGACCAAAUGGAGAGGAUUACUUCAAACAGGACGAGAGGCGACCCUUUUGGAAGCGGAAAGUCAGUAUGACUAAUAGCCAGACCAAUAUCUUCAAGCGCAGUGUUUCUGCGCAGCUCGCCGUGCCGCUGCCUGGCGUCGAACCAAUACUGCGCAAUGGGACGCCUCCUCCUCCAACGGCGCCUUCCACGUCACGGCCUGGCAUUCAUCACGAAGAAAGCAUGUAUGAUCAUUGCAGAGCAUUACUCCAUGACCUAGACUCGGUAGUCAGUGAGUUUUCUCUAUUAAUCGCCGAAAGCAAGGUCCGGCGUACAACUCCACCCAAAUCAGCGGUUUCACGACUGAGCCUCCAGACCGUCGACUCGCAGGAGUAUUUUGACGCAGAAGACCACCGGCAUGUGCUUGAUAUUCACAGCGAUACCGACCACGAAGUCGAAACGGCCGAGGAAGACGAAGGCUCCGCAACCAGCAGCGACGUUGGGGAAGACUCGAUUCACGGGCUGAGGCGCCGUUCAGGAAGUGUGUCUUCAUACCUUCCUCCUCGAGCGAGAUCGUUAGCCCCACUACCACUAGAUCCGAUUCCUCGACGGGACAACAUAGCAGCCCCAACGAUCAUGCCGCCAAGUCUCAUCGGAUUUCUUCGGAAGAACGUUGGCAAAGACCUGUCGACGAUAUCGAUGCCCGUUUCCGCCAACGAGCCCCUGUCCCUCUUGCAGCGUGCAGCGGAGCAACUCGAGUACUCGCAGUUGCUGGAUAGCGCUGUCAGAUGCGGCGACGCCUUUGAGCGACUGAUGUAUGUGGCAGCGUUUGCCAUCUCGUCGCUAUCGAAUACGCGAGUCAAGGAACGGGCUAUCCGCAAACCAUUCAACCCGAUGCUCGGGGAGACCUUUGAGCUGGUGCGGGAGGACCGGGGCUUCCGCUUUAUCUCGGAGAAGGUGUCGCACCGUCCCGUGCAGCUUGCAUUGCAUGCUGAGUCUGAGCAUUGGACCUUCACCCAGUCACCUUUACCGUCGCAAAAGUUCUGGGGUAAGUCGUCGGAGAUCAUCAAUGAAGGCAAGGCGCGGCUGGUGCUUCACAGUACGGGAGAAGCCUUCAGUUGGUCGGCGGCCACGUGCUUCCUACGCAAUAUCAUCGCGGGCGAGAAAUACGUGGAGCCUACGGGGACCAUGACCAUCUACAAUGAGUCUGCCGGCCACAAGGCGGUGGUGUCUUUCAAGGCCAAAGGCAUGUUCUCGGGUCGCAGCGAAGAAGUUGAGGUGCAAACCAUCGACGCACAGGGUCAGGAACUGUCGAUUGGCCUCAGCGGGACAUGGACCAAUUCGCUGCAAUUGAAAGAGCCGGGCAAGCUGGGCCAGCGGCCAACCAUCUGGUCGGUGGGCCCGCUGGUGGAGAAUGCACCCAAGCACUAUGGCAUGACGCUCUUUGCGGCUCAGCUAAAUGAAUUGACCGUGGCAGAACGGGGGAAGGUCGUGGCCACGGACAGUCGUCUCCGGCCAGACCAGAUGGCGCUGGAGAAUGGGGACCACGAGACGGCGGAGCACUUGAAGAAUCGGCUGGAGGAAGCACAGCGGGCACGGCGACGAGAAAUGGAGGAGACGGGCGAAGAGUGGAAGCCGCGAUGGUUCUCGAGGGUGGAACUGGGCGACGAAGUGGUGUGGCGGCUGAGGACGGGCAAAGAAGGAUACUGGGAGGAGCGGGCGCGGGGGGAGUGGACGGGCGUGGUGCCGGUGCUGCAAGUAUAG